AUGCACACUCGCUCUUCGUUGCUGUUGCCGUUGGCAUGGUCAGCGUCGUUCCUAUCGGGAGUCAACGCAGACUGUGAAUCCUUCGGUAUCGAUUUUGUCAACAAUGGAAACGUAAGUUGCUGUCAAGGAGCAUACGUUCAAAACCAUGCUGACUUUAUACCAAGNUACUUUAUCAACUCAGCCUCCAAUCAAUCUUUUACCUCAGUCACAGAGUUUACAGGAUGCGCCAAUGAUGUUGCCAAUGUCGAAUUAGUGAACUGGGACACUGGCGAUGAAUAUCUAUGCUCAGAUAUCCCUCUACUACCUGAUGGAACUCCGGAAACAUCCACCUGUGAUAUCGAAAAGGAUCAGAUGGUCUCGGGCACUUGGGGCCUGAUUCUGAUUUCCAACAACGGCGAUGAUCCGGACUCACCACCCUUCGCAAACCAAAGAACUUUCUCAUUGGAUGUUGGCACACAAGCGACUUCUACCGUUACACCAACCAUGACCUUCAACAUGACCACGACUCCAACCGUUACUUCACAGACGACAUCUUGGGUCGUGAACACUACAACAGUCAACAACUCUGUGACCGUCACACAGCCUGCAGCCACACACUGGGUGACAAUCACCCCCAACCCCGUCGUAGUGACCAAAACCUUCAACCUCGUCCGCACACUAAAGACCUGGUCUCGCACAGCAGUAGUCUACACUAGCACUGCAACAGCCAGCUGCACAGUUCCUCCCCGUCCCCAACAACCUGACCCGCCAUGCCGCAGAUGGCCGCGUCUCCUCACAGUGCCUGCAGGCAUCAAGAUUGGCAGAGAUGUGCCUGAAGACUAUGCCAGUAUCAAGAAGAGAUUGGCAGAUAUUAGAGCUAGAAGGGCUGCAGAGAUUGAUGCGAGGGAUUUGGCAAAGAGGACUGCUGAUGCGCCUACGAUUACUGUUACUGGAAGUGUUACUGCGAAUUGGACUAAUACCUUCACCGCCGCCCCCACAACGGUAAUCAACAUAAUCCUAAGCAGCUCAACCGUAACCACAACCCUCCCACCAGCUACCAUCAAGACCGGCUACGCGAGUGCUUUCCUCACUCUCCCUCCCGUCACAAAGACUCGCUUUACCGUCAACACAGCCUACACAUGGCAAACCAAGACCAUGACGGCUACAUUCGUAAAGAAAACCACCGUAACGCCAACAAGUGUCAUGACUGCGUGCAAGAGCAGAGGUGGUCACUUUGGAAAUGGGUGGUAA